UUGAUCGAUUUAAUUGGCAAAUGCCGUCUAGGGUUUUCACUUGAUAUGAUUGGCAGCUCUGCAGAACCGCUCUCGUUCCAAAUGAAACGUCAGAAUUUGACGUUCAUGUCAAGUGAAUGGACAAAAAACACCUGAUUUCCGAAUACAUUACAAAUUGUAUAUUUUGAAUAUAAUCACAUAUUUGUGAUAAGCUUAAGUUAAAUUAUAGUGUAAUGGCGACAAAGGUUGUAGCUACAGCAACAGUUAGAGCUGUUAAAAAACGACUGUUACCUACAAGAGCAGCUCUAACACUGACACCCUCUGCCGUAAUUAGGAUAAAAAGCUUACUGCAAGACAGAGAAGAAUGUAUAGGACUUCGGAUUGGGGUUAGGCAGAGAGGCUGUAAUGGCUUAUCAUACACCUUAGAUUAUGCAAAAAAUAAAGAAAAGCUGGAUGAAGAGGUAGUUCAAGAUGGAGUAAGAGUAUUUAUUGAUAAAAAAGCCCAACUAACCCUCUUAGGCACAGAAAUGGAUUUUGUAGAAAAUAAACUUAGUUCAGAAUUUGUGUUCAACAAUCCCAACAUAAAAGGGACUUGUGGCUGUGGAGAAUCAUUUAGUGUGUGAAAAGAUCUCACUAUGCCGUUUUAGUAGAAUUGUACAGAUAUUUAUUGUUUUUAUUAUAAAAUAAAAAGAUAUAUAAUACAAAUAUAAAAAAUGGCAUAUAUUUCAGCAAAUUAGGUACACCAUAGAAAUAAACAAAUUCAAAUAGGUUUUGUCGGUUUUAAAAGUCUAAUAUCCCAUUGCUUUUGCUGGUCAAAGUAGUUUUGGUUGGUUUUUCAGAGCUGUUAGGUCUAAUAUUCUAUUUUCUUUUUGCUGUGGAGCAGUCUGACUAGGCCUGCUAUCAUUAUCUGAAAAAUAAGAUCAGCGUUAAGGUAUGAUAAAUUAACACUGAAAGAAAAUGCUAGGCUAGGUAUAUCACAAUAUUCU